UCUUCACACUAAGCAUUAUUAUCUGUACCGGUACUUCCUGUGUCGCUCUCUUAUAUUGCGCUGCCUAAAGCCCCUACUUCAGCUGUAAUCUAUCGUUCUGAAGGGCUUUGUAGGGAUUCCAAGGGAAGUCAUACACGCUGCAACGGAGGUGCAAGGAUGCGGAAGCGAACCGUAGCCCUGUUUGGGAUGCUAAUCAUGAUUGUGAUAGGGGCGGUGACAUAUUUCCAGUUUCAUCAACACCAUCUUCUCUCAGUUGCUGGAGGGUCUAUGAGCAUGGAAACCAAGAAACACUUCUGGUCGCUCGGGAUUGACUGCCAGGAGAUCUACGAGAUGCAGGGAUACGAGUCUGCUGAAUCUAUCUUUAAGAUGUUUGGGCUCACGCAGCACCAGUUUUACCAGCUGAACCCUGGGAUUGGAAUGACAGCCAAGCAGGGCGACAUCCUUUGCGUCAAAGGGUUGUACGACGUGUCAACGCACGCCAUGAAUGCAUUCUGGCCGUUGGCUAUAGGGGGUGUGCUAGCUGUGUCGGGUUUAGGCGCUGCGCUGUAUGCGAAGUUGAAGUCGACAAGGUAAAUCCUUACGACCCUGCUUUGCAAGCGGCUAGGUCAUGGUGUAUUGGAGUUACUUGGCGCUGUUGGGGCUUAGCAGCGGCCCACUACAGUCUGCGCCUAACUUACUAUUCUGGUUAAAGCCACUGCACGUAUAUUCACAGUUGCAGGGAUAUGUGUAACUUGGAUGCUGUUGCACGGUGAUGCUUCACAGGUAUGGAUGCAUAAGACAUCAACGCUGUGAUGACCCGGGGGUCCUUCCGGAAAUAGGUACAACGCCGGAUUUUACUUGCUUGUUUUUUAUAAACCGUUUGUAGAGUAUGACAUUCAGCGGCAAUCUUAGUAAUGUGCGCCUUUAUUAUAUUAGCGCUAACUUAUAUACAGCUCACACACGCGCUGUUAGCAGUCAUGGGUAAGGGUGCUUGUAAACAAGUUUGAAUACACCCUACGUUUGUAUGACAGGGUCGUAGGGACUAGGCUGGCCAGGUAUUGCAUCGAGCCACCUCUGCACGGCAGUUUGACUUUGACCGGUGCGCUAACUCUGCGGCUUUUGCAACCAAUUAUACCUGCUGCAUCUAACAAUAGCAUGUAUAGCUGGUAGCUGCACGCGAACAUAAAACGCUGAGUUUGAAGCAAGCUGACACAAAGUGGACCCGCAAGCUUCUGUAACUUCCCUCUGCCAUUAUUUUCGCAACAUUCUUUUUGAGAGACAACAGAACUGUAAAUACAUUGUUCGCUCAAGUUAGGUGAGGACCUAGCAGCUAUAAUGGACGUCCACGAAUCCGAACUUCAAGGGCUGUACACCUGGGUGGAUGAAAUCCCACUUUCGCGGCCAAAGCGGAACAUUGCACGCGACUUUAGCGAUGGUGUCCUUAUGGCUGAAGUGGUCCACCAUUUCUUCCCAAAACUCGUGGAGCUGCACAAUUACAGCUCGGCGAAUGGGCUGCAGCAAAAAAUGUACAACUGGAACACCCUCAAUGCAAAGGUCUUCAAGCGGUUAGGCUUCGUGGUCACUAAGCAGGACUGCGAGGCUUGCUGCAACUGCAAGCCAGGAGCGGUUGAGCGUGUAUUAAAGCUGGUGAAAGUCAAGAUAACCAAGUACAAGGAGGAGAACGGGGACGCCAGCCCUGGACCGCUACCGCCAGCGAUGCAGGCGCAGGAGCCGGUACAGAUGUUCCAGCCCCAGCAGCAGCAUACAAUGGUGGGUGGCAAUCCGGCAGGGCAAGUACCGGCCAGCGUCAACGCGCCCAUGCCCAUGGGCGUGGUCGCCCCAAUGGCGAAGAUGAACGCUGUUAUUCCACCCGAGAUCCUUGCAGAAAAGGACACGGUCAUUGCGGAGCUACGAGAAACUAACCAGAUCCUGGAGACGAAGGUCCGCAAGCUGGAGCAGCUGGUGCGGCUGAAGGACGCCAAGAUACAGACGCUCAUGGCCAAGCUGCAAGCGGCAGGGCUGGCGUGAGCAGCGCGGACCCGGACCACAGGAAGGAUGAUUACGGGCUCACUACAGGCUUUCAGUAUGCCGUGUACCGAAACACCCAACGUGGAGGGCGUGUAGUGGGCCUUGGCGUGCAGGCGGGUGUGCACCUCCCCACACCGGGUAUACAUACGACAUGCAUUAUACGGGUUUUAGCGAAAACGGCUGCACGACGUAUUGGUGUGGGGCGAGCCGUGUUCAUUAUAUUCCAUGGCAGUGCUUCGGAGGAACGUAAUCUAUAGAGCGUCGUGCUUUGGUGUACAUAUGUGGACCCCCUGACAGCCCACCGGCGCGAAAGCGUUUGAUGGUUUAAUGACCUGCAUUAUAUGGUACCGCUGUGACCCACACGGUAUAGGAGGGGGUUGCCUUCAGGUCGGCGAAAACAGUGGGUGAUUUGGAUGGAAUAUUAUACAGGGAUAUCCUAAGGAAGAGAAGGUGGCAUUCCAGGCAAGGCUGUGUUAUUGGUGCUGUUUGAUGACUGUGAAAGGACUAUGCCGGGGAAACAUCCCUUCUUCCGUUGUGCCGCCUGCCUGACCCACGGUUCAUAAAGACAUAUUCAAAGGAUUUCCCCUCAGCUUUAUAACAUGUAGCUUAUAGUUUAACGUAAUGUUGUAGCAUUUAUGCGCUACCGGCUACAGGUGAUUCCUGUAUUGGUGCCUUCAAGGAGAGGGAGGGGAGCGCUGUUAGGGUGGUGCUAGUCUACUGAUUUGCAGUUGACUGAUUAGUUACCGUAGGCGCAGCCACGGUAUCUUUGCAUAAAUGCAGAGUAUCACAGCAGGGGCGCCCAAAGGUCUACAGCAAGACACUUAGGUUUCCUUCCUUAAGUCUCCCUAAACUGUUGUAGUAAGAGUUCGUGUAGUCCUUUAACAUUAGUUUCGACACUGUCGUUGGCCACCUUAUUUUGUCUAAAUUGCAGAAGAACGCGAGAAAGCCCACAAACGUACAGGUCCCGCUGACAUUUCAUGCUUUCGG